GCCGUCAAAAGACCGAUGACUGAGCUUGGGAAAGUCCGAUUGCAGCGUUAGUCCUGAGCAGAAUUGGAUCCAGAGUGGGCCCAUAAGAGGGAGAGCCACUAUUUGGCCUCAUUUGGAGGCGCGGGCGAGAACACCCCGCCCACCAUGCUGGACUCGUCGUCCAAGCCCGAGGGCGGCGCCGGCCGCCGCAACCCGCGCAUCUCCAAGAAGGACCGGUCCGUCUCCGGCGAGUCCAGCGUGUACCAGACGGCGCUCACCUUCAAGGCCAGCUGGAAGGAGUACUGCAACUCCACGGCCAUCCACGGCGUGCGCUACUUCGUCGAGGAGGGCAGGACGCGCUUCGAGAGAGUGUUCUGGGUGCUGUCGCUGGCCGUGUCCCUGCUGGGCUGCUUCUACCUCAUCCUCAAGGUGUACAACAAGUGGGACUCGUCCCCCGUCAUCGUGUCCUUCGCCGAGACGUCCACGCCCGUCUGGGACGUGCCCUUCCCCGCCGUGUCCGUGUGCCCCGAGACCAAGUCGCGCCAGAGGGAGUUCAACUACACCGACGUGUUCCACCGCCACGGCGACUUCCUCCGGGCGCAGGCUGGCAACGACUCGACCGUCAGCGACAUCGACGACGAGGAACGCUACAAGUUCGAGGCUGUUUCCCUCAUCUGCGACCAGCACGUGUUCACCGAGGGAAACGUAACCGUCACGGAGGGCAGCAUGGAUGCCCUGAAGAAGCUGGCGCCACCCAUGGAGGAGGUCAUCAUGGUCUGCAAGUGGCAGGGCGGCAUCCUGGAGAAUUGCUCGUCGUCGAACCUGUUCACGCCCGUCAUGUCGGACGAGGGGCUGUGCUACACGUUCAACAUGCUCAGCAACCCGGAACUCUUCACACCCUCGGCCGUGCAGUACGACGAGAGCGAGGGGCGGCCCUCCGACGGCUGGACCCUCGAGAACGGCUACCCCAAGGACGCCGACCUGGAGACCUUCCCGCGGCGCGCGCUGGGCAACGGCGCUAAGUCCGGCCUCUUCAUCCUGCUGCGGGCCUACACCCAGGACUGCGACUACCUCUGCCGCGGCCCCGUGCAAGGCUUCAAGGUGCUGCUGCACAACCCGGCUGAGAUCCCUCGCAUCGGCCAGCAGUACUUCCGCGCGCCGCUCAACCAGGAGGUGGUGGUGGUCGUCAAGCCAUCCAUGAUGACCACCUCGGACGGCCUCCGCGACUACGAGCCCUCGCGCCGGCAGUGCUACUUCCCGUCCGAGCGGCACCUCCGGUACUUCAAGGUCUACACGCAGAAAAACUGCGAACUUGAGUGCUCCACGAACUACACACUGAAAAUGUGCCAGUGCGCUGCGUUCUACAUGCCAAGAUCAGGAGACAUCCCCAUCUGCGGGUCUGGCAGCUCCAACUGCCUCAAGAACGCGACCGAGAGCCUGGUGCGGCACGAGAUCAUGAGGGACUUGGAGCGCAAGGACGGGCGCAUCGCGGCGGAUGACUGCCACUGCCUGCCCGCCUGCACCUCCCUGGAGUACGACGCGCAGACCAGCCAGGCCGACUUCAAGUGGGAGAACGUCUUCGGCGUGUACCGCAUGAACGUCAGCGAGGCGGACGAAGGGAUGGCCAUGUCCCGCGUGUCCAUCUACUUCAAAGACACGCAGUUCAUCACCAGCCGGAGGAGCGAGCUGUACGGCCAGACCGACUUCCUCGCCAACUGCGGCGGUCUGCUGGGCCUGUUCAGCGGCUUCAGCCUCAUCAGCCUCAUCGAGAUCGUGUACUACCUCACCAUCCGCCUGUGGUGCAACGUGCACCGCGCGCACCGCAAGCGCACCAAGGCCAUCGCCGAGCUGGCGGCGCUCGGCAACGUGGCCCUGGUCGACCCCUUCGACGUCGAGAAGCAGCAGAAGCUGGCCAGCGCGCCGGCCCUCGAGCCGGAGCACAAGAUUUAGCCUAAACCGUACCAGCUCUUUCGCUAGCCCGCUUUAUUGAUUCUCUACGCGAAGAAUUGAUUCUUAGAAAGUUUAAGAAGGGAUGACAGUUGAAUGACGUUUGAAUAACCGAAAUUGAAAGGGUGAGGCAUCUAACCAAUGUUAGGAGAUGGCGUCAUUGUGUCUACCAAAAAAGCGUCUACCAAUAAAAUAUUAAUAUUUUUAACCAACUAGCUGUUUUUAAAAAAGCGGCUAACGUAAAAAUAUUCAAUAAAAAUAUUCAAUAAAAAUAUUGAAUAGAAAUAUUGAAUAAAAAUAUUGAAUAAAAAUAUUGAAUAAAAAUAUUCGAUCAUGUCGAAGUGAAAACUAUGGUCCAACCUAUCCUAACCAAACCUAACCUAACCUAACGGGCUCGUGACAGAUCUUUCUCUAACGUGACAGAUCUUUCGCUACCUGCAACAGAUCUUUCUCUAACGCGACAGAUCUUAUGCUACCCGCAACAGAUCUUUCUCUAACGCGACAGAUCUUUCGCUACCCGCAACAGAUCUUUCUCUAACGCGACAGAUCUUUCGCUACCCGCAACAGAUCUUUCUCUAACGCGACAGAUCUUAUGCUACCCGCAACAGAUCUUUCUCUAACGUGACAGAUCUUUCGCUACCCGCAACAGAUCCUUCUCUAGCGCGGCAGAUCUUACAUUAUGCGCGCUCCGUCCACCAUGAACAGCAGCAUAAUAUUUUAAUUCAAUAUUUUUAUUCAAUAUUUUUAUUCAAUAUUUUUAUUCAAUAUUUUUAUUCAAUAUUUUUAUUCAAUAUUUUUAUUCAAUAUUUUUAUUCAAUAUUUUUAUGUUUAAAGUUAGUCGCUUUUUUCAAAAAGGCAUGUUUAUUAGAAAUAUUAAUAUUUUAAUGGUAGACGCUUUUUUGGUAGGCACAAUGAGCCGCCCCCAAUGUUAGGUGAUCAAAAAUAUCGCCGAAAAAGGGCGUUACUUCAAAGAAUGACCGGCAAAUAGACAUCAGCGAGACCGGCUCUUGUUUCUUUUAAAGAAUUUUGGUAAAACAAAUAUACCACCCUUUGUCGGUCAAAGGUGUCUCACCUUUCGAUUUUCAGUGUUGAGCUCGUGAGGUGCAGUAGCGUGUGAAUAAAACUGCAAAUCCAAGUCCCGCACUUGUGCGCCUGGGACAUUUUGGUACACGCUUAAAUGAGAACCACGUAUGUGCCACUCUUGAAAUUGUGGGACACAUUCUCAGCCUCGCUAUUGACAUUUAGUACAUGGUAUUGACACAUUGUCAGUAGCACCUCUAGUAAUUUGUGCAACAAUAAUAGGUGCUUUUCGCUUUUGUAAUUAUUGUUUACUUGUUAAUUAAUACUUAUUGAUAAAAAAAAUUCCUGCAUAAUUUUAUGCGGUAAAUUGUGCGUAUCUAAGAGGAAAUCGCUACAUAUUAUUGUUGUAGGCAACAGAACCUGGUUACUGACGAUGAAUUCGGUAAGAGGUUGAGAGUGCAGAUGAGCGUGCGAGUCGGUCUAUCCGUCACUUGCAAGUCUCUCCUACUUAAGAGGGCAGUAGCACUUGGUACACGCUUUUUCAAUUUUUAUCAAUUUUUCUGUUUCCACCUCAAUAUAAGAAACUUGCAUGAAUGCUAGAGACAAACGGCGGUAACCAUAUAAAAGAUCAAACGUUUUGCAACAAUUUCAAAAAAAAAUAUUUUGUUUUAGCAUUAGGGGAGGCACUUAUAUGAGGGACGUAAGAAAGGUCUGCAAAAUCAUACAUGGUGUCACUGAGCGCACGAUUUCAGCCAAAGUUUUCAACUUUUUUCAAUCGGUAAAGUGCAGAAAAAAGAGCAUAAAAUUGCCUACAAAAUGAACCACGGGAGUUAUUAUCGGACGAAAAAUACUGCUAGAUAUUUAGUAUCGAACAAGAAAAAUUCAUUCAAUGGAAAAUUUGUGAAAAAUGACCCUUUUCAUUUUGUAGGCACUUUUAUGCUUUUUUAUGCACUUUACCGAUUGAUAAAAAGUUGAAAACUUUGGCUGAAAUCUUGCGCGCAGUGAACCCAUGUAUGAUUUGAUUUUGAAGACAUUGUCUACGUCCCUCAUAUAAAUGCCUCCCUUAACGCUAAAACAAAAAUAUUUAUUUUGAAAUUGUUGCAAAAAGUUUGAUCUUUUACAUGGUUAUCGACGUUUGUCUCUAGCAUUCUUGCUAGUCUGUUUUAUUGAGGUGCAAACAGAAAAAUCGAUAAAUAUUGAAAAAGCGUGUACCAAGUGCUACUGCCCCCUUAAGCGUGGACCGAAAAUGUCCUCACGUGCAGAGGUGUGGGACUAUCCCACACGUGGAUUUGCAGUGUCUUCUACAUUCUAGAGGAUUAAGUUGAGAAACCGAGGCCGAAGGAUUCGUACAUGCCGACGUGAUUGUCUGAAAUUGUCCUAAAUUCGUGCGCAACUUCCAUGAUUUUAAGCUCAAAGAAUACCCACGCACGACAGCGUGCAGUAAGUAAUGUGACAUUUGUCGUAGACAUUUGACGCUUUCUCCAUCAUCUGUAGUUCACGCAUCGCCGACAAUUUUCCCACGCUGUUUAUUAAAAAACAAUAUAAAAACACCAAACUUCGUCUGUAAUUUAAGUGCGUAUAUUUAUACUCAUCGUUCUUUGCCGAUAUACCUCGACAAUACAAUAAAUACUUAAGUAACGCUA